UCUUUGCCCUUCAAUGCGCGCACCAAAUCCUCCUGAUCACCGCGCUUUCUAUUCCGUCUUUAUUUAUUUCUUUCUCCUCCCGGCUCUCGCCGGCUAAAAAAUCCAGCGGAAUCUAGAAAUCAAGAGUCCGCAUUUAGGGUGAUUUAAUUCGGUUUGUCCGCUGGCCGCUGCGAUCGGUUUCCAUUCUUCUCUCAGGUUGCAUCUCCAGGUAUCGGCGGAACGGGCAAUUCUCGUUCAGCAAAAAAAUUUGAGCUUGGAGCUUUUGUUUGUGAUUAAUCUGUCUUCUUCCACAAAUUGAUGGACUUUGAAGGGGGAGAGAGGGUUCAGGCUCGCCGGAAUCUGUGAUUUCUGUGAGCAGAACAUCCUCUCUUCUUAUUCGAAGUUUUGCAUUAACUUCUUACUUUAUUGUGAAAAAGAAAGAAAACAGAAGAUAUUCAUAACCAAUUUGUAGAGUCGGGAUUGGAGAAUUGGUCCUGAAGAGCUUGAUUGAGAGUUUGGGGUUAUGGGAUCUGUUUGUUCCUGCUUUCACAUAGGGGAUUUCGAAGAUUAUGCACAUGCCAAUGCUUCAAUUUGUACACACUGCAUCUGUUUCAGUUGCUUGACUCAGCAGUUGAUACAUGUGUACACGGCAUUAUUUCAAAGAGGGGAGGUGCGUGCUAUCCCUUCAUCUGUGGAGGGAACUGCUCCUUUAGCUUCAGCUGCACUAGUCACAGAUGAUUUUAUACCUGAUACCUACCGCCCUCCUCCAAGGCCUUUACCUUAUGAUGAUCCUAGGUGCUCACGGCUGCAACGUGACGGACUUGUCUCAAGGCGUGAUAAGUCCUUGAGCCAUUUCCAUGAGGAAUCUGAACCACUUAGAAGAAAUAGUAGUUAUACUGAAAUGGAAACGAUGAGCAGAGUAGACAAGUGUGGAUCUGACUAUGAUAGAGGUUCCAAGUUAUGCGAUUCUGAGUCCUUGCUGAAACACCCCUUGACAGAAGACACAAAAGGGGCAACUUAUUUUUUUCCUUCAUCCGAAGAUGAAGAUGUGUGCCCAACAUGUCUUGAAGAAUAUACUUCAGAAAAUCCAAGGAUUAUAAUGCAGUGCACUCAUCAUUUCCACCUUAGUUGUAUAUAUGAGUGGAUGGAGAGAAGUGAUGCCUGUCCAAUCUGUGGCAAGAUGAUGGUGUUUAAUGAAACAGCGUGAUCUCAUGGUCAGUAUCCAUUUCUUCAGCAGAUGAUUCAGAGUAUAAGCUUGUAUUUGAGUCUGUAGGACUCCAAAGGUUGUGUAUAUAUCUAUUGCAAGUCUGCUCUUCACCAUUUCAUCAAAAAAGAAAAAAGUCUGCUCUUCACCAUACUUUUAGUAGAUUCAAAGGGCAGAUGGGAGUCAUCAUGUGGUGUUCAGUGAUUUGCGAUGCUUUUUUUUCUUUGAAUUCACCAAUAUAUAUACAUGCACUUAUAAGCAUGUUUAGCAUGUACA